AUGUCUAGCCAUACGACAAAUCUGUAUACUAUUGAGCGUGUAACGUGUUUGUGCGCGUAUUCAGGGCGAAAUCUGUACAAAGAUGGCUACUUCCAGCUCGGAGAUUAGGAAAGGGAAGCUUGAUGAGUUACGACAUGAAAUCUUGUCGUACAAACCAGGCAAGGCUGUACCUUGUGAUGAUGAACGAGUGGUGUUUCCUGAUAAGCUUGUUAUUGGUACGAUAGGUUUACCCGAGCAUGCGUACAGCAUAGUCCCUGUCCUGCGAAGUGCUCUUUAUGGAGACGUAGAGCAUCGCAAGCUUGCUGAUGAACAUCAAACAUCUACUGAUCAGGAAUAUCUCACCGAUUCUAUAUACGUCAUCACAAGAGAAGCUCUCUUCCCAGUUUUAAACGAAGAAAUUGUACGAGACCUUGCCGGGAAGGUCGGACGUAUCGUGCUGUUACUAACGUGAGUAUUA